AUGAAGGCCCAUAAAGAUUUCAAAUCUACUGGAAAAGCAUGCGCGAAUCCAAAAUAUGACGGCAUAACAAAGGUUGUGCCUGCAGACCAGUGCAAGCAGAUCAAUAGAAGCGAUGUUGUAGAUUCUGUUUACUCGGCCAACAAGUCUGGCGUUCACAGCGAUCCGAUCACUAUGGAGGAUUUGAACGCGCUGACAGAGCAAGCUAAACAAAGCCAUGAGGCACAGACUACAGGAGAGAAGCCGGUUAAAAUCCAAGAGGUUGAGCGGAAGCGGUCGGAAAUCAAGCAGUUUCAGAAGAAAAGCAGGGACACCGUGAUUGAGAAAACAAAGCAAGGAUGCAAAACCGCCGCGAAAGCCGCUGCGAUUGCAGCAGGGCUAGCCGCUUUGACGUCCCUGGCAUCUUCAACAUACAAACUUUAUCCACAGUACAAACGAGGAGACAUUUCACUCUCGACUGCUGUCUGGGAGGCGUUCACAGAUUUGACAAGUUCAGCCGCUACAGCAGGAGGCACCGGCGCCUUGAUGGGCAUCGUGGAGCUCUUGUGCGAGCAUAAUGCUCCUAAAGUCGUCGACAAGCUCGGUCUGGGCAUGGCAGCUUUCAUGUGGCUAUUUCAGGUGGCUGUACAUGUGAAGCAAUGGUGGGAGAAAGACAUCUCGGCAUCGGAGCUUGCAGGAAGAAUCUUGCAGACAACGGUCUCCAUGGGAGCCGGAGGUGGCGGAGGAUUUCUGGGGAGCAUGGCAGGCAUGAGUCUCUGUGGACCUCUCGGUGCCAUCAUUGGCGGCUUUCUUGGGGGGAUGCUGGCAGGUUUCUGCGUCGAUUACCACAACACUUUUGUACCACUUCGUGCUUGGGUAACAAGCACUCGACCCACAGACAAUCUUCUCCGUGACUUGGACUACGACAAUGGGCACUGGUGGGUUAAGGGAAAAGCCGAUGAGAUCCUCUCUGUGUUGGAGGGCCAAGGGCCGUGGGGUUGGUUAAAGUCUGAGCCAACGCAACAAGACGUGUCACGACUUGUGCGUGAGCUAGGCUCACACUUCCGACGGGUGGCUUUGAAAUAUCAUCCUGACAGAGCAGCUCUUCGUGGGGACACGCCGGCACAGCGCACUGACAACAUCGCCAAACUCAAAACUGCAAAAAAUGCAUAUGAGCAACUUGUGCAGCUGCUGAAUGAUCAGCUUGUUGCAUCCCAGCGUUUUGAAGCUGCCAUGCUCUGUCGUCCAGUCUUGAUGCUUCCAGAACCAGAUGCUCAGCCGUAG